UUCUGAUAAUAAAUCUAAAAAUAUGAAUAUUAAAGAUCAAGUAUCUAAUAAAGAAUAUUUAUAUAAAAAAUCCAAAAAAUUAGAAGAUGAAAUAGAUGAAAAUGAAUAUGUUGCAAAUUUUAAUAAUUAUAUUAAUAAGUGA